UCUGCGACGAGGGAAAACGCGUGCGGAAAGCAGAGAGAAAUGUGUUUUCCCUUGAAUUUGUGGGAACAUGGCGCCAAUACAACAAGAAGCAGAGAUCGGCAUCUAACGAGAAGCCCAUGCGGACAAAGGCCAUCAAGAAGCUAAGAAAAUAUAUCAGUGUUAGGUCACAGAAAAUCAACGCUGGUUCGUUUCGUGUUCAGGAACUCUUUUGAAAUGAUGAAGAUGAAAGAAUGGGAGAACAGUGUGGUGACCAGGUUUCUGGAGCUCCUGACUGCUCAGGUCCUCCACAGCACCAGCGGAGCCCCUUGUUGGUUGCAGUUUCACAUACUGGACCUCUACAUGACCGAGCUGGCUGCAGUUGGCUCAGCUGAGGUAUAACCCAUGGUUACUCUCACAGCGGCUCAGAACCUGACGUUUAUUGACCCGUUCUGCAAAACAGCAUCCAAAACCAAAGAUCGGAUCCUGCUCAAGGCUAUCUGCGGCAGCAUCUUCAGUGCCAUCUUGGACCAGGCUCCCUUCAUCAUUGAAGACCUGCUGAAAGAGGCACCGUAUCAUCUGAGGCAGAUGAUGAAUAUAGUCUGGCGGAUGAAGAAGAUGAAAUGCUCCAUCUGGAGAGCGAUUCGGAGUCUGAGAUACCAGAUGAUUGGGGGAUUGGACCUGUUCUCCAGUUUGACUACUCUGCCCUGGCGGACAGGCUGUUUGGACUAGCCAGCCGUAGCAACACCCCCAGCCACAACAGACAGAGCCUCUACAAAGUCAUCAAGACGAGUCUUCCCACAGGACGAGUACCCAGAGGAACUGUCAAUGGAUGACGAUGAAAUGUUUGGCAGCAGAAAGAGGAUGAAGAGGGGAAGAGCCCUAGAGGAGGAAGAGAGCUCACCAGCCAAGAAACGUAAAGGCAAGAAAAACGACUCAAAACCAGGGAAGUCAGACCAGCGUGCCGCAUCGGACGAGAGAGCCAGCAAAGACACCCGGGGACACCACCACGAGGAAGAAGAGGAGCAUGGGAGAAUUGAAGAGUGACGAGCAAAACAGUGUGGCGGAGGAGUCAGAAGUGAAGGCUGAGGCGGACACAACUCCUCCUACAACAAAGAGUGAAACGACAGACGCUAAGAAGGCAGCACCUACAGAAGCAAAGACUGCUCUCUGCCCCAAUAGACUCUGUAGAGGCCGGAGAGGCGGGGGUAAAGAGAACCCCUACCCCAGCCGAGCGCAAGAGGGAGGGAGAAGCAAGAGGCUGUCCUGGAGGAGGACACCUCUCCUAUGACGGUCACUGAUACUCCCACAGAGGUAACUGCCCGUGGAGACAGGGGUCCAAUCAGAAACUCCACAGGAUGUAGUGGUGGGGAGCCUAUCAUCUGUCAUGGAGAUGGAACAGAAGACCCAAUCCGAGACACCGUUACCAGACAGCACGUCGUCCAAGAAGAAAAAGAUCAAGAAGUCUAAAACGCCUGUACAGGAGGAAGCGGUAGCAGAACCAGAGACUAAUACAGAUGUGCCGGAGGCUAGUGUGAAAGCCACGGAGACAGAAGACCAGCCUGCUACAGCUACCCAGGACGGAGAGGCUGCAGAGAGGGCUACAGAGCCAGAGAGUGCCCCUGAGACUGCAACUACUAGCACAACCAAGAGGAAGGGCAGGAGGAAGAGCACCAAGCAGGACCCUGUGGAACAGACAACUGUAGAGGAGGUUGGGACGAAGCCAGAUGCUGUAGAAGAGAUCAUGGCCACCCCACUAAAGAAGACUAGGAGGAAGAAGGCUGAACGGAGUGCUGAGAGCACAAAGGAAGAGGUCGCUGAAACAGACUCAGCACCGGUAGACACGACACCAGCAGGCCCUAAACCGAUGGCCACUCCAGCUGAGGAGCCUCCAGCUGACGUCCGCAUCGCCACCACUUCCCUGAAAAAGAAGAAACUAAAGGCGGCCAAGUCUGAAGAGGAGAGUGUGGAGGUCGAGGGUGAAAUGCAGCCAGAAACUGAAGCGGCCUUCAUACUUGUAGUCGCUGAGACGGUGCCGGCAGAAGUCGCUACACCAACCCUGCUCAAAAAGAAGAAAAAGAAGACGGCCAAAGCUGAAGAACAGAGCUUGGAGGCCGAGGGUAAAACAAAGACGGCAGCAGACUCCAACCGCACACUUGUAGACGCUGAGCCGGAGCUUGUAGAGGUUUCCACACCAACUCUGCUCAAGAAGAAAAAGGAGGCAGCGCCGGUAUCUGAGGAGCAGGAGCCAGACACCAGGGCAGUGGAGUGGAGGAGAGCAUUGCAGAGGAGCUGCCCACAAAGGUUGACCUGGAGACUCCCGUGUAGAAGCGGAAGUUCCCGGUAGUGAUAGAGGUCGAGCCUGAGGAGCUGGAGGCUGAGGCAGAGGCUGCUAGAGUCAACGACAGCGAAGAGACGUCUACACCGGUGAACGCCAAGAAAACAAAAAGGAUGAUGCCCAAGAAGGCUAAGGGAGGGGAGGAGUCUGACUUCAUUACGUUCCAGAACCAUGCCACCAUCCCUACACCCAUCUUCUUCAAGAGAGCAAAGGGAAGCCCCAGCACAUCGUUGUCCAGCAAGAAGAAGUGUCAGACUCCAAAAUCUGAAUCCAAGAAGGUUACCUUCGGACUUCAUAAAAACAAAGCUGCAGAAUUCAGGAAGACCGAUCGCAGACUGCUGGUGAGUCCAGAAGGGUCGUCCAGAGUGCCAUUUGACCCCCAGCAGAAACCCCUGUUUGGAGUGCUGAAGUCCCCCGUGGCCUCUCUUACCAACAGCACCAAGAAGAAGACCAAGAGCAUCCCGAAAGCCAGCCCCAAACGCCCUCCUCUGCUGCUGACUUUUUCUAGUCCUCCGUGAGGAGACUGGUGAGACAGAGGACACUUCCCACCCCACUGUUUGUCCACUAGGAAAAUAUCAUUUUGAACGAAUGACCACAGAAUCUGUUAUUCCUCUGUUGGGGCGAUAUUGAUAUACACUUAUUUUUUAGUGGAAAUAUUUAUAAUUUUCUAUGUUCUUUUGCUGUUCUGUGUGGGUGAGCAAGUGUUCAAAUAAAGACCACUCCCUCCUUUUAGUGAAUCUGUCUGACUCGGUGAGCAGCGCAACUCGAUUAUUCAUUCUGCAAGAAACGUUUUGGCUGUUUGGAAAGACAUGACAAGGUGGGCAAAUCAGAAAUGGGCUGACACCUAAGGCUAUCAAUCUGUCAACUUGGAUUGAAGUUUGAUUGGCAAGUAGAACGUUUGGAUUGGCAGGCAGCGAUGUGGAUUAUAACCCAUAAGUGGAGACGAGUUGAUUUAUUCAAUGAUGUAGGUCAGUCGGUGUACCACUGUACCAAGAAUUGCUGUGGUAAUAAUUUUAUGUCCACGAUAUAGAGAAGGGUUGAACAACCUGCACUGAUUAGGGGAUUGUAGGGACCAGACAGGCUGUUCAGCCUUGUAGGCUCUGUCUAGGUUCUGUUCAUCAGGAAAUCGAUGAUCCAUUCUACCAUAUUCAACUCUAAAUUCAUGAGUUCAUCUGAUGAAACGGGUUGAAUAGUAUCAAAUAUUCAGCUAUAAGAUUCUGAACAAAUAACAGCUGCCUCAUUUCCAUUUUUGUCUCUAAGUUGAAGGUCAAUUCAAAAGCCCAUGGCCAAAUCCUGUUUUUAUGUACCUUAGCACAAACUGAAAAGUUUAUUGCUGUGAUUUUCCCAGUCAGAAUUGUAAUACUGUAUUAAGCAUGGCGUUAGAUGUGCCUCAGCCAAAUGCUGAGGGAGAAGAAGGCAGACCUUACAGGGAAGAAAGAAUAGGGUGGCUUGGGGUUAAACGCACCCCCGGGUUAAACUGUAAUCCUCACAGAAACCAUUGUCACCACCCCAAAAAAUUCAACUCUUUUCCUGGAUGCCACUAGUUUGUUUUUAUUGAAUAAAACAAA